AUAUUUACGUCAAGCAAAAUUUAUACUAGUUUGUACUAGUGUGAUGGGCUACAUUGAAGCAAAGAAUAAUUACUAGAUUUUUUUUUUCCGGAACCAAAAGCGACAAUCUUCCUAUCUUGCUUACUUAUGUGGAUUUUUCAUGGAUUAAACUCACCCUGACAUAUGACCUAUCGUCUAAAUUCUGUGGAUUAUACUGUAUUUUAUUGAAGCCUCCCCUCUUGAUAUUUUCUACGCUGCGAUGCAAUGAUUUCAUGUUCACAUUUUCGAUACAUCUUUUUCGACGGUAACCUUAUAUUGGAACACGUCAUUCCUUCGUGCUAUUGGCUGACAAUUAAAUGCCAGUUCUGGCUGGUGCUAGCAGUGAACAGUCUUUCCCUACCAAUGGUGUACUAUAGACGCACGGAGCAGUUGGUCGUCCUGGGUGACCUCGGAGCUGACAAAGGGCUGUUCCCUUCACCUCCCCUCAGAGAAAAAUAGAUGCUGCUGUUCCCUCCAAGGCGUCACAGCGGCUGUUCCGACUACUAGCCCUACCUCGUCCUCCCCUUCUUUCUGCUCUCCCAUCGCCUUAUUUCCCUCUAACAGUUCCAAGUAGCUACACAAGGCCACGGGCUGUGAAGUAGACGCCGGGCCGCGGAAGCAAUAGCCUGUCACCAGCAGCGAUCUCUCGGCUCCAGUAUUAAGCGUGUGAGCCAGAAUGGUGGAGGUGAAGCGUUUGGCCAAGGGGCUGUGUGCUAUGCUGGGCGUGGUGGUGGGGAUUGUGGUUGUGCUGCUGGUGGUGGCUCUCGUGCGCGCCCUCACACUGGAGGACUUGGACUACCAGGAGGGCGCCAUUGACCCCGGCGAGCGGGACCACCUGCCGGAGUCGUACUUGAAGGGCCUGCCACAGCUGAUGGCCCGAGCCCUGGCCAUCCCCACCGUGGCCUGGGGUCCCGGGGAGUACGACGCGGAGGCCAUGAAGAAGUUCCACGUCUUCUUGAGAGAAAGCUUCCCCCACGUGUUCAACUCCUCCGUCAUCGAGGUGGAGGUGGUCAACGAGUACUCCCUCCUCCUGUCGAUCAAGGGGCUUCACGACGACCUUGUACCGUACAUGCUGACGGGUCACAUCGACGUGGUCCCGGUGGCCAAGGACAAGUGGACCCACGACCCCUGGGGCGGCCACAUCCUGAAGGACUCGGCCACGGGGGAGUCCUACAUCUGGGGACGUGGCGCCCUCGACAACAAAGCUGGGGUGAUGGGCAUCAUGAUGGCCUUGGAAUACCUGGCCAAGACGGAUUUCCAGCCCGAACGAUCCUUCUACGUGGCUUUUGGACACGACGAGGAGGUGCGGGGCUUGGAGGGGGCAGGACACAUCGCUAAGGUCCUGGAGUCCCGCGGGGUGCAGCUGGACUUCAUCCUAGACGAGGGAAUGCCUGUGCUGAAGGGCGUGGUGAAUGGCGUGGAGGAACCCGUGGCGCUGAUCGGCGUCUCGGAGAAGGGAUGGGUGACGGUGGAGCUCGAAGUAGAGGGUCCCGGUGGUCACUCUUCGAUCCCCCCCGCGAACUCGGCCGUGACCCGUCUCGCCAAAGCCAUAGUCGCCCUCGAGGACAACCCACAGCCCUCCAUGUUCGGCCAGGGCCCUGAGGCUGACAUGCUGGCCUACCUGGCUCCCAAGGCAUCAUGGCCCUUCAAAAUGAUCUACUCUAACUUGUGGCUGUUCGGGCCCCUCGUGAGCAGGAUUAUGACAGCCAAGAGGGAGACCAACGCUGUGACACGCACCACGACCAGCGUCACCAUCGUCCGUGCCGGGGUCAAGGACAACGUGGUGCCAGCCACAGCCACUGCCGUCGUCAACCAUCGCGUCCACCCCGCCCAGAGCAUCCGGGACGUCAUCCAACACGACAGGAAGAUGAUCGCAGACCCCUCCGUCAAGAUCAACCUCCUGCCGAGGAGCAUGGAGGCUCAUCCCGUGUCACCCUACGGCCCCGAGGUGUCCCCCUGGCGCCUGUUGUCUGCCGCUGUGCGCCACCACUACCCCAACGCCAUCACCGCCCCCAGUGUCCUCGUCGCUAAUACAGACACGCGCCACUACCUGCAGCUGACGCCCCACGUGUACCGCUUCCUCCCGGCGAUGAUCACGGGCAAGGACGUGACUAUGAUACACGGCCACGACGAGAAGAUUAGCGUCACCUCCCUCUUCGCCUGCGUCGGCUUCUACCACCACCUCAUCCUCGCCGCUGACGUCCAGUCGCCGCCGCUCAAGACGCAGCCGGGACACAGGGGCGGCGAGCUUUAAGAACAUAAGAAGAACGUAGGAGUCUGUAAGAGGCCGGUAGGCUUGCACAAGGCAGCUCCUUUGAGCCUAAGCUCCUGUGAAUCUAACCGCACCUAAUAUCACUGCACAUGAAUUUAUCUAAUCUAUUUUUUAAUGUGACAAUUGUAUUGGAUCUCACCACAUGACUGCUCAGCCUGUUUCACUCACCCACCACUCUGUAAAUAAACCAUAUUUUGCCUAUG